CUCUGGCUUCUGCGGGAAGGUGCUCUCUCUCUCUUGACUUCUGUUGGCGGACUAAGCCUAAGACGAGAUGGCACUCGCGCCCCGCCUCGUGCCUGGGGUGUUGGCGGCGGUGCUGGUCUUCGUAACUCUCUCCUCCGCCUCUGGACGAGACUCAAGAGAAAACGAGAGUGGCGGGACUCCAAAGGAUCGUGACAGCCAACUCUUAAUUCCCGAGCGCAAUGAUGUGUUUGACAAUGGUCUUCCGGGACUCCAUUUUUACACGCACGAUAACAUGUCGGUAGUGAUGGACUGCAUCAUGGCUAUGAACGCAGCUUACAGGCACGAACUUCUCGCAUCAAAGUGGGAAAAGGUACUCUAUACUUGCCAGACACGCAGUGGUUCCGCUCACUUUCGCUCUCGCAGAGCAGCGGCAGAUCCAGUUAUGCAAGGGACAGAUGUAGCUGCUCUAGAAACACCUGGAACGAGCGUUUGGGAGUCGAGGAAGUUUCCAACAGGAGGAGGCGAAGCAGCCGAAGAAGAGCUAAGCCAUCCCACGCUCGACACCCUCGGGAUUCGUUUGCGGAGAUCCAGAUACGACAGCGAUUCUGGCCGGCGCAGGCCCGAUCCUUCACAACGCAGCCAUCAGGAGCCCAAACCUCCCCUCGCCAGGACACAGCCUCAUCUUCCGUCUGAGGAGAGGGGAGGGCAGAGGAAGGGAGACGAAAGCAAGCUUGAACCGCCUGUGACACAAGGGUGGGAUGAUUAUGGUGACCUGUCCGGCGUUGUGGCACAAGAACGGGACUACAAAGCCUCCUCCCAUGGUCACAAAGGACCGUCACAUAGUUACGACCACAAGGCUCCAAGUUACAAACCAAUACCUUAUAAAGGUCCUUCAUAUGGUCCAUAUGAUUUCCAGCCCAAAGGAAAAGCCAAGUUUAGCAAAAAGGGCAAAUAUGGAGACGACCCCGUUGCAGAAUCGCAAAAAUCGAAGUACAAUCGACCUUACUAUGACGAACCUCAGUCCUACUUUGGGGGAUUCGGAGGUGGAGGGACUGUCGGUUACAAGGCUCACGGAGGAGGAGGAGGCUAUGGCAAAGGCCACGGAGGAGGAGGAGGAGGAGGAGGCUAUGGCAAAGGCCAGGAGGAGGAGGAGGAGGCUAUGGCAAGGGCCAUGGAGGAGGAGGAGGGGCUAUGGCGGCCGGAGGAGCUAUGGCAAGGAGGAGGAGGAGGCUAUGGCAAAGGUCAUAUGGCAAGGGCCAUGGAGGAGGAGGGGGAGGAGGCUAUGGCAAGGGCCAUGGAGGAGACGGAUACGGCCACCAAUACAGUGUCCAGUACCACGAAUCGGAAUAUAAAGUCCCAAGUUAUAAAGGUCAGGACACAAGCUACGGAUUUACCGAGGAUUCUCCCACGUAUGAUUAUAAGGAACCAAGCUACGAAGCCCCGGCGCCCUCUUACGAAGCUCCAGCGCCCUCUUAUGAAGCCCCGGCGCCCUCUUACGAAGCUCCAGCGCCCUCUUAUGAAGCCCGGCGCUCUUACGAGCUCCAGCUAUGAAGCCCCGGCGCCUCUUACGAAGCUCCAGCGCCCUCUUAUGCCGGUGUCAGGCUAUGACUCGCCAUCUACAAGCUACAAAGGGCCGUCCUCGGGUAUUUCAUAUGAAGUCCUGGAUGACCCGUAUAAUACCUACAACGCCCACGAUGACGUUAGUCUAAAAAAGGUCGAGGAUUCCUACAGCCACCUCAGAGCCGCUGAGGGAGGGCGCCCGGCAUACAUCGGCGUCACCGAAAUGUUGUCCACGAAUCCGUACGAAUCGGCGGGCGAGGCCAGGACGGUGAUCACUACCAGGCAGCCCAAGGGAGAGGGCGUAAGGGGAGAAGGGCCAAGGGGUACGGCCCUGCACAGUCAGCCCUCAAAUCCGUUUCCUUCAGCGUACCCGACGAACCUGAAGCCGCAGAAUCUAAGACCCUUCGACAACAUCUUCGGCAAUUUCGACGACGUUUUUGACGGAUCUUUCGCUGGUUUCACGUGA